AUGCGACCAAUCUCACUACCUCCACCAGGCAAAGCUGCCAGGAUCUCAAGCGCCGACCGAGCCUACAAGAAGGAGCUGCAGCUGCUCGGCUUUUUUGGGCUCCCACCAGAAGUCAGACUAGUCAUUUACCAGUAUUGUCUUGUGCCUAAGGGCAAGCCAACUUUGCGAAACCCCGAGUUGGUUCCGACAAGACAUCCUUGCCACAUCCAGCUCUGUGACAAUGCCAUCCUUCGAGUCUGUCGUAUGAUCUAUGAAGAAGCGAUUCCAGUCUUCUUUGCCAGUAACACUUUCCACCAUUCCCUCCGUUGCAAGACCAUUGGCCUUUCACCGAUCUCUAGCGACACACUGUUUAUGCGAAAUCUUCAACACCUGAGGCACGUAAGCCUGGACGUAUGGGCAGGAUGUUGGAAUGAAGACUUCAAUCCUGCCGCCAACAGGCUCUUAUCAAAAUUCCUCGACGGGGUUAGAGGGCAGUGCGGAGAAUCUAUCCGCAGCCUCGAGAUCCAGCUUGUCUCGCUGGCUAGCGAUCAUUCGAGGUCUGUUCCCCUGCUGGGCGAAGGUAUUACCACGUUGGCAAUCCAAAAACUGCGACCCCAUCUCCAAAGCCUCACUGUCGUCGGCUAUAGUUCCUCAUGGCCCCACUCUUCCAAUGUGCUAGAAGAGUUCUGUUUGGCAAUUGCACCUGAUAAGUUUUGGGAUAAGAGACGUUGCAGGAACUGGCCUGGGGUUUCACUUCCUUUGGCUAUAGAUUUCCGUGUUCACCAUCACCUAGAAGGCGGUACUCCUCGUUCACCAACUCCGGAAUCACCAGAAUACGUCGAUCGUUGGCAAAUCAGGUGGACGACAAAUCGAGACACUCUCGCGGAAGCAUAA